CUUUAUUUAUUCUGCUAUCAAUUAUGAAGAAGGUGACAAAUUCGAGUGUAAAACGUUCGACGAUAGAAUUCACGGAAUUCCACAAUCAAUCAUUCAAGGUCGAUUUAAUGAUGACGAUUUCGAUGAUAUAGCACUUGUUUCUCCUCAAUCUAAUGGAUUGCACGUUCUACUUGCUAAAGGAGAUGGUAAAUUCUUACAAUACAUCUAUCAUAUAAACAAUUCUCCAACAUCUGUUGUUCGAAUCAAUUUCAAUAAUGAUUCUAUCGAUGAUUUGGCUAUAUUACAUUCCAAUCAGACUAUUGGUAUAUAUCUUGGAACAAAACUUGGAAUAUUUUCUGAAGAGAAAACUUCCUUUCAAAUUGGAGAAAAUUGCACCGAUCAAAGUUUUCGAUCACUUACAGUAGCCGAUAUAAAUCGAGAUGGGAAAGAUGAUUUGGUUUUCAUCGACUCAGUUGCACAAACUAUUCGAGUUUUACUAAGUGCGAAUUGCAAUAAACGUUUUUAA